AUGAGUUUAGAUCUCAAACACAUACCAUGCCCGGCAGGGGAUGUAUGUACCGCUUUCAAGUGCAUAUUUGGACACAAAAAAGAUAUCAUCACAGCGUCAGAUUUGCAUUCAUCACCCAAGAGCUCAGAGCGUAGCCCCCAGACCAGCAGUAUCGAGAAGCAACCGAAAGACACUCCAGUAUUGAAGCGCCAUGCUGUCGAUAAACAGACUGUCAACAGCAAACCAGCCUCGGCUAACAGAACAAUAUCUCCACUACCAACAAAACGGUCUUCUACGGGAACCCCAACAUCACGCCCGUCAAAUGACAGGGACAUAUCCAAGACCGAUGCCUGCCAGAAAGCACAGCAACCGAAAAAGGCGGAGAAAGCUAUAAAAGUUGAGAGCCUAAACCCACGACUGCUGAAGCACUCUCCCGCCAGUCAUGAGCUUCGUCUUAAGCUACUGAAGCUGCUCCAUGCGGAGCUCAAACGUUUAAACGAAGAGUUGAAAAAAGAUAUGGGUGUCACAGACUCAAACCUUAUUCUUUCUGAUCAGGCUAUUAUUACAAGAGCACUAGACGAAGAAGAGACGGUAGCCACAGAAAAAGCUUCUGUAUAUGCGAAUGUCAUGAAGAACAAAGUUAUGACGUUUAAGCGCAAAAAGGUUGCAGAGUGGAAGGAGGACCGUGUCAAAGAAGUAUCUCAGACUUCUAAGAAGAGAUCUUACAACGACAUCGAUGGUCCACCAGUUGAAAUCAAAACGGGACUCACCUCCAAGCAAGAAGUUCAGUUGCUACAUCACCUGUACACGCCCAUCAGUGACCUUGCCAACCACGGUUACGUUCCUACUGUGCCGUCUGAUGAAGCCGUCCAAGCAGCAAAGGAAGGGCUAGAAGCCGCCAAGGGGUGGGAAGUCUGUGAUCGCUGUCAGCAGCGGUUCCAAGUGUUCCCCGGUAGGCGGGAGUCUGAUGGUGCUCUCAGGUCCGGUGGCCCAUGCAAGUUUCACUGGGGUAGAAUGUACUUUCCAGAUCGGAAUCCUGGCGAAACCCUUCGCUUACCAAAGCGAUACAAGUGUUGCAAUCAAGAGAUUGGUGAAUCUGGCGGCUGCAUCACGCACCCAGACCAUGUGUUCAAAGCUAGUGACCCAAAGCGGUUGGCCAUUAUCAUGAACUUUGCUCAUACACCUGAAAAUAAGAGUGUUGCAAAUGAUCGUGCUGUCUGUUUCGAUUGUGAAAUGGGCUAUACAACAUACGGGAUGGAGCUUAUUCGCCUCACAGCUACUCACUGGCCUAGCGGUGACCUGUUAAUUGAUAUACUUGUCAAACCAUUUGGCGAGGUCUUAGACCUGAACUCUAGAUUUUCAGGUGUUUUACCCGAGGACUUGAUGAAUGGCCCUAUUUGGCGGCCGGGCGAUGCCUUAAUACCAGAACGAAGAGAUGAAAAAGAGCCGGCAAAGGAUGGAGAGGUUCCAACUGGCACCAAGCUGAAAGUGGUGAGCUCACCCAAAGUUGCAAGAGAUCUGCUCUUUUCCCAAAUUUCCCCGUCAACACCACUUAUCGGCCAUGGCUUGGAAAAUGAUCUCAACGCUAUGCGAAUCGUUCAUCCAACAAUCAUUGACACCAUUCUGCUUUUUCCUCAUAAAGCCGGGUUGCCAUAUCGACACGGCUUGCGAAUGCUAAUGGAUAGGCAUUUAAAUAAGAAGAUUCAACAGGAAACUGGUCCAAAGAUGCUGGGCCAUGAUUCUGCGGAGGACGCAAGAGCAGCCGGUGAGCUCGUUCACUUUAAGCUGCUCGAACGGUGGAAUGAGAUGAAACGAGCGGGCUGGAAGCUUGUAGAGGGGGAUUUUGUAUCACCGGAUAAUCAAGGGAAGCUUACUGAAGAAUUUUUGGAGAGGAAGCACUAA